AUGACGGACGCCAAGAUGCAGGUCGAUAACCCAGAAGAAACCGUCGAGAUGAUCAAACAUGGGGAAAUCGACGAGUCCCUCUACAGUCGACAACUGUACGUUCUUGGUCACGAGGCCAUGAAGCGUAUGGGAUCUUCCAAUGUCUUGGUCGUGGGUCUGAAGGGCCUGGGUGUGGAAAUUGCCAAAAACAUCGCUCUCGCCGGCGUGAAAUCCCUCACUCUCCACGAUCCUGCCCCAGUCGCUAUCGCGGACCUUUCUUCACAGUUCUUCCUCCAGGCCUCAGAUGUCGGCAAGCCGCGCGCCGAAGUUACCGCCCCGCGAGUCGCCGAGUUGAACUCUUACGUUCCAGUUACUGUUCACGAAGGCCAGAAGAUUGUGGAUGAUUUGGAACAGCUUAAGCGCUACCAGGCAGUUGUUCUUACACAAACCCCUCUGAAGGAACAACUGGCGAUUGCGGACUUCUGCCACAAGAACGGAAUUUACCUCACGAUCACGGAUACAUUCGGUCUCUUCGGUUACCUCUUCAAUGAUUUCGGAAAGAAUUUCACGGUUGGUGAUCCUACUGGCGAGGAGCCUGCCGGUGGAAUUGUUGCAGACAUCGACGAGGAUGGCUUGGUAUCGGCAUUGGAUGAGACCCGACAUGGACUGGAAGAUGGGGAUUUCGUCACAUUUACUGAAGUCCAGGGAAUGGAAGGCCUUAACGACAGUGCGCCUCGCAAGAUCACUGUCAAGGGACCAUAUACUUUCACCAUUGGCGAUGUCUCCGGCCUUGGAACAUAUCAGGGUGGAGGUCUCUUCAACCAAGUCAAGAUGCCUAAGUUUAUUGAUUUCCAGUCAUUGGAGGAGCAGCUCAAGAACCCCGAGCUUUUGAUUUCCGACUACGCCAAGUUUGAUCGGCCUCUGCAAAUGCACAUUGGUAUCCAGGCUCUCCACAAGUUUGCUGAGACUCAUGAUGGCCAAUUACCUCGCCCUCACAAUGAUAGUGAUGCCCAGGAGGUCCUCAAGCUUGCUACUGAUCUUGCUGCAGCUGGCGAGGAGAAGGUUGAACUGAGUGAGAAGAUCAUCAAGGAACUCAGCUACCAGGCCCGUGGUGAUCUGAAUCCUCUGGCUGCCUUCUUCGGUGGUAUCGCUGCUCAGGAAGUCUUGAAGGCAGUUUCCGGCAAGUUCAGUCCUGUGCAACAGUGGCUGUACUUUGACUCCCUCGAAUCUUUGCCUUCAUCGGUCACUCGAUCCGAGGAGAGCUGCAAGCCCCUUGGUACUCGUUACGAUGGACAGAUUGCGGUGUUUGGUAAGGAGUUCCAGGACAAGCUUGCCAAUGUCACCCAAUUUUUGGUCGGCGCCGGUGCCAUUGGUUGCGAGACUCUGAAAAACUGGGCCAUGAUCGGUCUUGGUACAGGCCCCAAAGGAAAGAUCUACGUUACCGAUAUGGAUCAGAUCGAGAAGAGCAACCUGAACCGGCAAUUCCUCUUCCGCACCAAGGAUGUUGGCAGACUGAAGAGUGAAUGCGCAUCCGCGGCCGCACAGGCCAUGAACCCAGAGUUGCAGGGCAAGAUUGUGACUCUCCGUGACCGCGUUGGACCUGAUACCGAGGAAAUCUUCAACGAAAGCUUCUGGAACGGCCUGGACGGUGUGACGAAUGCUUUGGAUAACGUUGAUGCUCGUACAUAUGUCGAUCGCCGCUGUGUCUUCUUCCGCAAGCCAUUGCUGGAGAGCGGUACUCUCGGCACAAAGGGCAACACUCAGGUUGUUCUCCCCUUCAUCACGGAGUCAUACUCCAGCUCUCAGGAUCCUCCUGAGAAGUCGUUCCCCAUGUGUACUCUGAAGAGUUUCCCGAACCGCAUUGAGCAUACCAUUGCCUGGGCACGGGAUAUUUUCCAGACCUACUUCGUUGGUCCACCGGAAUCAGUCAAUAUGUACCUCUCGGAACCUGACUACAUUGAUAAAACACUCAAGCAGGCGGGUAACGAAAAGCAGACCUUGGAGCAUCUCCGUGACUUCUUGGUCACCGAUAAGCCUUUAACCUUCGAUGAUUCUGCUCUACAACUUCCCCGGGACUCCAAAACUUCUUCUGGUCAACUCUUCUGGUCUGGACCUAAGCGCGCGCCUACACCCUUGAAGUUUGACAGUCUCAACCCAACCCAUCUUGGAUUCGUUAUCGCUGGUGCCAAUCUUCACGCGUUCAACUAUGGCAUCAAGAACCCUGGCGCAGACAAGGGCUAUUACCGCAAGGUGGUUGAUGAUAUGAUCAUCCCCGAGUUCACACCCAGCUCGAAUGUUAAGAUCCAGGCCAAUGAGAACGACCCUGAUCCCAAUGCCCAACCAGCCGGAGGUUCGUCCAACGAUGACGAUGAAAUCCAAAAAUUGGUGGCCACUCUCCCUUCGCCCAACUCUCUCGCUGGCUUCCGCUUGCAGCCCGUUGAGUUCGAAAAGGAUGAUGACACCAACCACCAUAUCGACUUUAUUACUGCCGCCAGCAACCUCCGUGCGGACAACUAUGACAUUCCCCAAGCUGACCGACACAAGACUAAGUUCAUUGCCGGAAAGAUUAUCCCUGCCAUUGCCACCACUACCGCCUUGGUCACUGGUCUCGUCGCCCUUGAGCUUUUCAAGGUCGUUGACGGCAAUGACGACAUUGAACAAUAUAAGAACGGUUUUGUCAACCUUGCGCUUCCAUUCUUCAGUUUCAGUGAGCCGAUCCAAAGCGAAAAGGGCAAAUACCAGGGCAAGCAAGGCGAGGUCACCAUUGACAAGCUCUGGGACCGUUUCGAGGUGGAAGACAUUCCCCUCCAAGAGUUCCUUGACUACUUUGCCGAGAAGGGUUUGGAUAUCACCAUGGUGAAGGACCGUCUUCCUCUGCCCAUGAGCAAACUUGUGGAGCAUGUCAGCAAGAAGCCAGUUCCGGAGCAUCAGAAGAACAUCAUCUUCGAGGUGACUGCCGAGGACCAGACCGAGGAAGACGUGGAGGUCCCCUACGUGAUGGUCAAGCUGACUAAAUAA